AAGUGAUUGAGACUGUUCUGUUGUAUGGGCCUAGAACAUACAUUUGUUUUCUUAUAUUUAUGAAAACAAAAUCCAUUCCGCAAUCCUGAGCUAUAUUAGUAUUACUUUCGUAGUUAUGGUUAUAGUUAGGAAUAUCCGUCAAAUAGGAAAUGCAUGUGUAGUAAACCUUUAAUUAGUUGAGUAUAAAACAAAAACUACUUAAGGCAAACUUCUCCACUUCUAAUAAUAUAAAGCUCUACUGUAUGACUUGGCUGACUGUUGGUCUACCUGAAAUGAUGAGAGCUUAGAUCCAUAUUUUUGGGUGUUUACCUUUGUUUCAUUCAUAGUGUUCCUGGCCUAUUACACCUUAUUAAUUUUUUGUUUGGAACAUUACAUCACAUUUGUCAAAAAGCUGUAGCAUCUUGAUUAGAGGAAAGAAAUAAGACAAUUUUCAAACUUAAAGAAUAGAAGGAAAUGUUUUUGGUUGUAUUUAAUUAUUUGUUAGAUUUAACUAGACACAAACACCAUUUUUCUUACUGUUGACUUGACUGCUGGGAUAUGAGAAAGUUAGAACAGUUCCACAUUUUUGUAAACAUCAGCCUGUAAUGAAAAGUUAAUUAUCCAACAACUAAAGUUAUAUGAAGAUAUUUCUUCUGUUCCUCUACUAACCAUGUUUAGUUUCCAUAAACCCAAGAUCUAUCGCUCUGUCAGUGGUUGCUGUAUCUGUAAAGCCAAAUCUUCAAGCUCAAGAUUUACUGACAGCAAAAAAUAUGAAUCUGAAUUUGAAAAGUGCUUCUGUAUAAAAGAAAAACGUUCAGGAGAAAUAUGUAAUGCCUGUGUUCUCCUAGUGAAAAGAUGGAAGAAACUCCCUGCAGGAACCAACCGAGAUUGGAGCCAUGUGGUUGAUGCAAGGGCAGGACCAGGAACCAAAUGUGUAAACAAAGCCAAAGCAAAGACAUCAAAAAGACUGCAAAAGAAAUAUAAAAUCAAAAGAACAAGUGAAAAAAUAGAUAAUGCAGGCUCUCCUGGAAGCUUUUCUGAUGAUUUGAUAGGUGGCGAUGACAGUUUAAGUGAAACCUCAAGCCUCUCUCAUUCGCACAGUCGUGCCCCUAGUCCUUCCCCCAGUAGCACAUCUGAAGAUUCUGGAAUUUUAGAAGAGCAGUAUGAGUCUGAAACUGUUGACUCCAUAAAAUCUACUCAUCAUACACAAGUGGAUACUUUUCGCCAUAAAAGAGUAAAACUGUCACCAAAAACUUCUCAUAUCUCAUCCUUUCUGGACAUGAACUUCUGGAAAAAGGAAAAGAUCUGUUGUGGUAUUAUCUUUAAGGGGCCAAACAAUGAGGUGCUGAUAUAUCCAAAGUUGCUCCGUCCAUGUUCUUGCCGAAAAAGUCUCGAUGCUGGCAGAGAGUCCCCACAUUUGUUACAUCAAGAAAAAUCACAGUUUGGAGAAAAGGGUCAACUCUCAACCACCAACGUAGCUGCUACUUUAUGUGAAAAAGUAUAUUAACGUUGGCUAAUUUUAGUGUCAUUUAUUUAUUUUACUUUAAACUUUUAGACUAUUUUUUAACUGAGUCCAGUCAAAGUAAUUUGGAUUUAGAAAAUAUUUGACUGAU